AUGCCCGGAGAAACGUCAGGAGGUAAGCACCCAAUAUUUUUGUGGCCAAUACGGUUGAUAUUUGUAGAAUCCAUAGAACUACUGCCAGUAAUGAAUUACCUUUUUGUGCAUUUUCAGUUAACGGCGGACCAAGUAUUCCUUCUUUAUCGCAAAGGUGUUACUGAACAACGAAAGGGCAAUUUUUCCUUAGCUUUACAUUGCCUACAACCACUGAUUCCGUUCUUCUGCAAUACACCAUUGAUAUGGGUUCGAAUCAUUGAAAUUGGCAUUCGACUUUUGUACUACAGAGACAAUAUUAAUGAAGGCAGAAUCCUUAAUGUCUAUGGCUCUGGUAGAACGCGUAGGGUUGUUCUUGCUCCGAAAACCUACCACCAUUCCUCUGGACGGCCGUCGGCUGCAUUCUAUGCACAGAUCGCUGAUCAAGCAGGAAUAACAGAAGAUUAUUUGGAGAGUAUUGCUGGUGUAUUACUUUCCCUUACAAGAAAAACAUCGAAUCGAAAACUACGCAUCACGAGUCUGUCCCUCGCCGCCUUCGUUGCACUGAAGAUGGGACGAUAUCACUAUGCAGCGGAUUUGGCCCAUAAAAUGAUUGAUGAAGAAGAGUCGAUUGGUAACUGCAGCAUGACGGCUUCGAUGUAUUUGAUGGAAUGUAUGGUGUCAACCGGUCCGUUCGAUAUCGCUCUGAAAGUGAUGAGCGUUGAUGGAACUGAGAGGCAAGCUGGAGAAUGCGGUUCCUAUCCUAUAUGGGCAGUUAUUAACCGAUGUAUAGUUCUUUGUGCCAAUCGAAAAUAUGAAGAGGCCGAAGCCCUCUACAAGGAGAUAAGAGCAUCCACAACGACCAAUGAAUUAUACAAGAGAAGUGUACUGGCUUUGGGUGUGUUCGUUUACUCGAAGUUGAAUCGGUCAUCAGACGCAUUCCGAUUGAUUGAUGAACUACGCAAAGCGCAGGACGACGAAGAUGCACAGGUUGUGGAUGAGGUGCGCUAA